UGCAACAGCGACCCAGUCGUGCCGGUACCUCCGAUCACGCGAUAUAUACUCUCUCGGACAAUACAUUACUUGUAUAUUUUUUCUCGCGGAAAUCCCUAGUUCCCUAGCACCGAUAUCCGAAACAGAACGACGUUUGCACGGCCAGUCGAAUUUUUGCACUUUCAUCAUACCACCGUCCAUAAUAAACAAUACCGACUAAGCGAUCCAAUAAUCAUAUACGAUAUUAUUAUUAUAGCCGUCACAGAUCGUUCUAUAAUCUGUGUACCUAUACAUAGACUCGACCGCGAAAACGCGUAACGGAAAUCUCGGCGCAUCGAAAUAUUUAUUUAUUAUCGUGCUCGUGACGCGAUCGCUGUGACUGAUGUGAACUAUAUUGGCUAUGACUUUGGUCGUCAGCCGCCGCGGUUGGUUCAGUGGUGGUGGCGGCUGCGGCGGCGAUCUCGAUGGACCUGACAGGGUGCACGUCCGCUUUUUUGCGGAUCGUCGGCGGCGGCGUCGGAGUUGGCGGUCCGUUGCUUUUCCUGAUGCUCCUUCAACUACCUUCGUCCCAGUUGUCAGUCGGGACAGUGACAAUAGGGUUGGGCCCGAUCGAUCGUUGGCGACCGCAGAGAUUUGGCGGCGGUAUCGUCGGAGAUCGCGACGAACAGUUGCAGGACAACGAGAUCGUCGAAGACCGUCGCGCUAAACCAUCGAUUCCUCUCCCGCCCGUCGAACCCUUCUUCGACUAUGCCGCUUCCAUAUACAUGGAGAAGAUGGUCCGCCGCUGGGCUCCACUUAUAUGGUUAGCACCAGAUGAACAAUUUCUUCCUGGUUCCGUGACCGAUUUCUUGAAUCACGUUACGCCUAAGCCACGUGGCCUGUCUAACGACGUGCAACAACACUCCAAAGUGCCUAUGGGCCCGGAUUCGCAGUCGUGGUUUUUAGUCACCAAGUCUGAAGUUGAACAACUGUUGGAAAAUACGACUUCCGUGUUAUACGGGCAGAACCCGAACACCACCACCGUCCCCAUCUACGCUCACGUCACUCAAUGCGGUCGUAAACAUUUUCACGUGUCGUAUUGGCUGUUUUUCCCGUUCAGUCAGGGCAAACCGAUAUGCACACUGGACAUGGGCGUACUCGGCCCACUUCCGUUACCAGUCUUCAACAACCGAUGUUUUGGUACCCUCAAAGAAUUCGGCAGUCACGUGGGUGAUUGGGAACACAUGAGUCUCAUGUUUAACGGCUACGACGAACCAGAAGAAAUGUACGUGUCUGUGCACGAUGCGGGCGCGUUUUACCGGUUCGAUCGGAAUCGUCGGAAGUUCGUGUUCAACCGACAAGAAGUGCGCAAAGGUUUUUUGCAAAAACCUAAGUUUCCCGAAGUGGUGCAUUUGACAGACGAAGGCAACCAUCCGGUGUUAUUCGCGGCCAAGGGAUCUCACGGUCUAUGGACCGCUCCAGGAAAACACAAAUACGUGCGUAUACCACGAUUGUACGACGACAGCGGUUACGGAUUUCCGUGGAAAACUUGGCUAAAGGUCGACGUGUUAAACUCGUCAAAAAAACUUCCCAUUUGGAUGCAGUAUUACGGUAAAUGGGGAAACCAGCACAGUAAAUGCCAUCCAAUCUCCAAAAUGGGCUUGCAAAUUUGUCAGUUUACAGACGGGCCGACGGGUAUACCAAUGAAGCCGCACGAUUUCCAAUGUCAAAACUCGACCAAGUAACCAAUGGUAUCUAUUACUGACUGGAAGAGAAAUUCGCUGGAUGGCUGCGAUGAAUAUCAACCAUGACCUAGCCGACUUUCAAGCGAUGGAACGUGUUUUAGGUCAACGUGUACCACUGUUAUAUUGUAUUGUUAUUGUUUUUAUUAUUAUAUUAUUUAACUACACUACAUUAUAAACGUGAUGGGUCUCAGUAGUUUUAAGGAUCUAAAAAAUCAAUAUUGCGUGUUAUGCGAUUAAUGUUUUGAGUGAAAGUAGGACUUCCUGAUCAUCGAUUUUCCUAAGACAAUAAUUAGUUUUUAUAUAUUUAUAUAUAUACAUAUACAUAUAUAUAAAUUAUUCACUUGCAUAUUAU